CCUUUUUGGCUUACCCUUUAUAUUCUUCAUAAAAUCCGCCACAUCGAUCCCUCUGCUACCGCUGCUCUCGUGGAGACAUUGUCGAGCUCUCUCUGCAGGGUUUCUUCUAGGGUUUACGGAUUUCUGUUCAAGAUGGUUCUUCAAAACGAUAUCGAUCUGCUCAAUCCUCCUGCUGAGCUCGAGAAGAGGAAGCACAAGCUCAAGCGUCUUGUGCAGUCUCCAAACUCAUUCUUCAUGGACGUUAAAUGCCAAGGUUGCUUUAACAUAACUACGGUGUUCAGCCACUCGCAAACGGUGGUGGUGUGCGGGAACUGCCAGACAGUGCUAUGCCAGCCGACUGGUGGGCGCGCAAGGCUUACCGAGGGUUGCUCUUUCAGAAGGAAGGGGGAUUGAUUCCUUAUUCGGGUAUUUGCUAAUAGAGUUCUCGUGAGGCGGGCAUGGAUUUUGUUGUGGUUUUGUUUUUUAUUCAAAAUAUGUUAUUUCAUUAGGAGGAAGUUUUGGACAUCUAUUGCUACUCUAGUCUUGCUAUAUUUUAAUCUUGUUUUACUCAAAUGGAAUCGGGCUUUUGUUUAACACUAUCGAUCAUGUAAGUACUCUUAUUCUAUCAUCAUUGCUUAUCCUAUCAUCGUUGCUUAA